UCUACCAAGCGAAGCCGAAUAGCGCACUCAAUCAUCCUUCGUCUGCGAUAAACAAGGAAAAAUGGCUGGUAUCGUGAAAAAGGCAGCAACUGGAUUGACUGGGUUGGCAGUGGCUCCAAAUCCUCACCAUACUCUCAGUGUGCUAUAUGCCAAAAUCCUCCGUACUCUGCAAAAUAUGCCACAAGAUGCAGCCUACCGUCGUUAUACUGAGCAAAUUAUCAAAGAAAGAGCUCAAGCAGUUAGUGAGGAAAAGGACAAAAAGCUUGAAGACCGCAUAAAUUGUGGACAGGUGGAAGAACUUAUGGUUCAGGCUGAAAAUGAAUUGACCUUAGCGAGGAAGAUGCAGGUUUGGAAGCCCUGGGAACCUCUUGUAACUGAACCAGCUGCCAACCAAUGGAAGUGGCCAGUUUAGACAAAGUAAAAUGUAAAUUGAAUGUGAACCAAGGAAGAUAAUAGACAAAUAGUGUGUAUUAUAAACAA